GCUAAACUGUCUAAUGCGCAUGACCAAGAUGUCAGCUCCCUUUUUUCGACGAAAAUCGACGUUAUUCAUUUGAUUUACUUUUGAAUACUAACGACGUCAAACACUUUUUAAGCAUCAUGCCACCUGUCAGUCGUUCUCGGUCACGUUCUCCGCUGACUGUGGAUGCUGACAGAGGGGAGAGAAAAAGAGAUCGGGAGAAACGAUCUAGAUCACGAUCGAGAGAAAGAAAACACAAAAGACACAAAAGCCGCUCUCGGAGUCGUGAAAGACGACAUAGAAGUAGAAGCAAGGAAAGAAAAAGUGGGAAACAAAAACACAGAAACAAGGAUGGGAAAAGAGAAAGAGAGGGAGUGGCAGAGGAAGGGGAAAUUAAAGAGGAUGAAGAGAGCAAGAAGAAAGUACCACUGUCUCUUGAAGAAUUGUUGGCCAAGAAAAAAGCCGAGGAGGAAGCUUUAGCAAAGCCAAAGUUUUUGACGAAAGAAGAGCGAGCAGCUGAAGCCCUCAAGAAAAGACAACAACAAGUUGAAGAACAACGUAAACAGAUUGAAGAAGAGAAAAAGAAACAGAUGGAAUUCUUGAAUAAAGGAAAAGAAAGAGAUGACAGGGGGGACAGGAGAGACCGGUUUGAUCGAGACAGAGAGAGAGAUCGUGACCCUCGAGACCGGGACCGUCGUCGUGACGAUGACCGGUACAGAGAACGUGAUAGAGAUAGGGAUCGAGGUGGAGACCCAAGGGGUGAUCGAGGAGGUGACCACAGAGAAGAGCCAGACAGCAGAAAAGAGUCCAAAGAUAAGGAAAAAGAAGCAGCAGCAAUUAAGGAAAGAUAUCUAGGAAUAAAAAAGAGAAGGAAACGAGUUCGUAGAUUAAAUGAUCGAAAGUUUGUAUUUGACUGGGAUGCAGGAGAUGACACAUCCAUGGACUAUAAUCCAUUAUACAAGGAAAAACAUGAAGUUCAGUUCUACGGUAGAGGUCAUAUUGCGGGGGUCGAUAUAAAGCAACAAAAGAAGGAUCAGUCCAAGUUUUACGGAGAUUUGCUGGAGAAAAGACGAACUGAUGAUGAGAAAAACCAAGAGAAGAAGAGGCUGAAAGUUGUUAAAGAGAGAGAAAACAAACGGAAGUUCGAUGAUCGGCAUUGGACGGACAAAUCCCUGCAGGAGAUGACAGAGAGAGACUGGCGUAUCUUUAAGGAAGAUUACAACAUUAGCUGUAAAGGAGGCAGAAUUCCUAACCCUAUAAGGAAAUGGAAAGAAGCAAGCUUACCUAAAGAGCUGCUAGAUAUCAUUGAUUCAAUUGGUUAUAAAGAACCAUCACCUAUUCAGAGACAGGCCAUUCCGAUUGGGUUACAGAAUCGUGAUGUUAUAGGUAUAGCCGAGACUGGUAGCGGUAAAACUGCAGCUUUCCUUAUACCUCUUCUAGUCUGGAUUACAUCAUUGCCAAAAAUAGAAAGGAAAAUAGAUAUCAUAGAUAAAGGUCCGUAUGCUAUAAUUUUGGCACCCACUCGUGAAUUGGCUCAGCAGAUUGAAGAAGAGACUAUCAAGUUUGGAAAAGCAAUCGGGAUCCGGACUGUGGCAGUUAUUGGUGGUAUAUCAAGGGAGGAGCAAGGGUUCAAACUCCGGCAGGGUUGUGAGAUUGUUAUAGCAACUCCAGGACGUCUUAUAGAUGUUUUAGAGAACCGCUACCUUGUCCUGUCACAGUGUACUUAUGCAGUAUUGGAUGAGGCUGACCGUAUGAUAGACAUGGGUUUUGAGCCUGAUGUGCAGCACAUUCUGGAAUAUCUCCCCGUUACAAAUAUGAAACCUGACACAGACGAUGCAGAGGAUAAUGAAAAAAUGUUAGCCAACUUCAACACCACACAAAAAUAUAGACAGACUGUCAUGUUUACGGCAACUAUGCCGCCGACAGUUGAAAAAUUGGCAAGGAAGUAUUUACGAAGACCGGCAGUUGUGUAUAUUGGAUCUGCUGGUAAACCAACAGAGCGCUGUGAACAGAUUGUAUACAUGAUGGGUCAACAAGAAAAAAGGAAGAAGUUGCUGGAGAUAUUACAGGCUGGAAUAGAACCACCAAUUCUUAUCUUUGUCAACCAGAAGAAAGGUGUGGAUGUACUGGCAAAAUCCUUGGAGAAAAUGGGAUUCAGUGCUACAACUCUUCACGGUGGUAAAGGUCAGGAGCAGAGAGAGUUUGCUCUCGCCAGUUUGAAGGGCGGAACUAAAGAUAUCCUGGUAGCUACAGACGUGGCUGGUCGUGGUAUUGACAUCAAGGAUGUGUCAUUGGUUAUCAAUUAUGAUAUGGCAAAAAAUAUUGAAGAUUACACACAUCGUAUUGGUCGUACAGGACGUGCUGGAAAAUCUGGUGUGGCAAUAACAUUUCUCACUAAGGAGGACAAUUUGGUGUUCUAUGACCUAAAACAAGUGGUUAUGGCGAGUCCGGUAUCCUCAUGUCCACCGGAACUAGCAAACCACCCAGAUGCACAAAAUAAACCGGGUGUGACUGUGUUCAAGAAGAGAAAAGAUGAAACGGUGUUUAUAAACUGAGCUUGACUUGGAAUAAAUAUGUGAAAGAAAUGCUUAAUUAAGUGAAAUUAGAGCUGUUAUGAAGACAAAAGUGUGAAAUGUUCUGAGGAGAAUGAAUACACAGAAUGCUUGUGUCAGUGGAACAUUUGGAAUGUCUGUUGUUAAGAUAUCAUUAUGUGUCUGUAUUGCAUUUACAAAGGAUAGAUGUAUUAAUUUAAAAAUGAAAGAGUUAUUAUUCAGUUUGUCCCAUGGAAAAGUAUAUUAAUUUCAGUAUUACUUUUAGUACAUUUAAGGAGACAAAUUUGCAAGAAAAAAUGUCACAUUAUUAAAGGGACAGUAAAUACUUGAGAAGCUCAAACGUUCAGAUUCUUCACCAAAUUUUAUGUUGUCACAGAAACAUUAAUAAAGUGACCCUUGGCUCUGCAUGUUCUUUUAGUUAGCAACACACUUGUGUGUUUUAUGGUUUCGGUACUUGACUGUCUAUGGAAUCAGUUAUGUAAAAGUAUCUACAGAAUGUGAAAAUAAUUGUGCUGUUAGUAUGGCAGAAAAGUCAGCAGACUUUUCCCAAUAAAAAUAUAAGUAAAAUCUUCUAAUUUUGUAAGGAUGAAAUAUUUGGUUUUAGCCUUAAUGACUAUUUCAUUACGGCUUAAAUUUGUGGAUUUCAAAGCUGAACUGAAGAACUGAACUGAAAUGAACAGACUUUCUUUGUUGUUGUGAUUCAGUUUCGUGUAUUGAUUAUGAAAUGUAGUUCCCAAGAAUAUUGAUGAUCUCCAAGUAUCAGAAGAAUUCUUACAGAACAUAGGAUAGUGAUUCUGAAGCAUCUUUUUAUGAAAUAGUAUAUUGAAUGUGAUAGCACACUU